ACUUUGUCUCUGUAGGAGGGUGGAUAUGAGACUAUAGCAAGAAAGAUAAAAGCAAGCAAGUAAUUGGAUUUUAGACAUUGAAUGUCUUGAUUGUAAUGUUAGAAAUUCAAUGGAGAGUAAUUAUUUUCCGAUUCCUGCAGGUCCAGCACUAAGAGGAAGGGAUGGGGAUUGAAAAAUUACCAUGGCAUUUUCUUACUCACUUCUUUUGGCUUGGAGUGAUGGGAGUUGAUGCCUCGUCAUGGACUGCUGAGGUGCCCAAGUCCGUCUCCGGCCUACGGGGCUCAUGCAUCGUGAUUCCAUGCUCAUUCAACUACCCAGAACCAGAGAAGAGGCCCUCCGAAUUCACUGGCAUCUGGUUCAAAGGCACCCAUGAUACUAUAUACCACCCAGACAGCUCCAACAUCAUCAAAGACUACAGGGGUCGUACAGAGCUGGUGGGAGACCUCCGGCAGAAGAACUGCUCUCUCAGAAUCAACCCCCUCCAUGACAGUGACAAAGGAUCCUUUACUUUCAGGAUUGAAAUGGAAGACCAUAACAAGUAUUCAUACAAAGAGGACACAGUCUCCAUUACAGUGAGCAGCUCUCCAGACCCCCCCUCUCUGUCAGUGAGGGAGGAGGUAAAGGUGGGGGAAGUGGUUUCUGCCUCCUGCUCUAUGUCUCACUCCUGCCCAUCUGAUUCCCCUCUCCUAACCUGGAGCCACUCCGGAACACACAGUGUCCAAUCACAGCAGCUGACCAAUGUCCAGUGGGAAGUGACGUCAUCCCUGACCUUUAGCUCCAGCAGCACUGAUCACAACCAGUCUCUGAUCUGCACAGCAGCAUACAGGGGAGGGAAGACAGUGAAAAGUUUGAAAACUCUCAAUGUCAAAUAUGCCCCAGUGGAUGUGAAGAUUGAGGGAGUGUCCAGUGUGAAGGACGGAGACUCUGUGGAGCUGAGAUGCUCCAGUGACAGUAACCCUGCUGCCCACAGCUACCACUGGCACAACAGUAGAGGACCUCUGCCCACCACUGGACCUACCAUCACACUGGAGAAUGUGAACAGACUCACUGAAGCCCUCUACUGCACUGCCAUCAAUAGAGAGGGACAAGGCCACUCUAGCCCACUGAAACUCAAUGUAGAGUACCCCCCUGAGAUCAAAGUGGGCUCCGCCUGCACUUCAGACAUCUCCAUGGUAACCUGUCUGUGCAUUGUGGACUCGGAGCCCCCCGGCUCUGUGGAGUGGUCUCUUCCAGAUGGACCCCUGCCCAACCGGUCCAGUACCAGAGUGGAGAGGCAUGGGUCAGUUACCAUGGUGACCCUACAGAGGGCACUAGGCUUCUCCGAGACCGUCCACUGCCAUGCCAGCAACACACAGGGCAAUAUCACCUUGUCCUUCACUGUGUCCACAAAUGAUAAGAUGUCGAUGCUGUACGUUUCAAUUGGUAUUGCUGCAUUAGUGGUGGUAGUAAUACUAAUUUCCAUGUCAGCUUGCCUUUUCAACAGGAAGGGGAAAGAGCAGAAAGACACCAGCAGUAAAAUCCACACAAACUAUUACACCAACGAUCACGUAUAUGGAAACAUGGAGACUGAAGAAGAUGGUGACCCAUACGCGUGUGAUGGUGGAGAUGAUGCAGUCUAUGGUAACAUGUGAACACAACAGGAAGCAUGUGGAAGUCAGCUGACCCAGAGGCCAUGGUGUUCAGUCUCUCAAAGGUUCCAUUAAAAUAUUAACAUUUUAACCCAAUGUAGCAGAACAUAUUAUAUAAUAUAUAAUAAUAUAUAUAUAUAUAUAAUAUAUAUAAUAUGUUCUGCUACAUUGGGUUAAAUGUUAAUAUUUUAAAACCAAACUGUUUAUCAUAUAUAUAUAUAUAUAUAUAUAUAUAUAUAUAUAUAAUAUUAUAUUUGUUAGCUUGAUGUAGGUUUAUGGUACUAUUGGCUAAAGAAAAUGGUACAUUCUUAUUUGGCCUGUGGCUUUGUGUUAUAUCUUUUACAAGGCUUUUGUUUAUUAUCUAUGGCUUGGAUAAUUUAGAAAUGUUUUUACUAAAUGUCAAUUAUACACAAAAUACUAACCAGUACUUAACAAUAGCUUGUUUCACACUUCCCCAGUUGUCUAUUGCAAUUGUGUGUUGAUGCGGCAGGUAGCCUAGUGGUUAGAGCUUUGGGCCAGUAACCAAAAGGCUGCUAGAUUGAAUCCCUGAGCUGACAAGGUAAAAAUCCGUCGUUCUUCCUCUGAACAAGGCAGUUAACCCACUUAACCCCCUGUUAACCCCCUGUUCCUAGGCUGUCAUUGUAAAUAAUACUUUGUUCUUAAACUGACUUGUCUAGUUAAAUAAAUGUUAAAAUAAAACAAACAUUUAAAAUCUGAGGAUAGAAUAUGUGUGUGUGAGCUUUCAUUGUUUCUAAACAAUGGGUUGCUCUUUUAUUUUUUGAGAUUUUCAGCAUCUAUUUAUUUCCAUAGGGUUUGAGCUAUUUCAAAAUUCUGAUUUUGUCAAUAUACAUUACCGGUCAAAAGUUUUAGAACACUUACUCAUUCAAGGGUUUUUCUUUAUUUUUACUAUUUUCUACAUUGUAGAAUAAUAGCGAAGACAUCAAAACUACGAAAUAACACAUAUGGAACCAUGUAAAACCAUAAAAGGGUUAAACAAAUCUAAAUAUAUUUUUAAUUUGAGAUUCUUCAAAUAGCCAUCCUUUGCCUUGAUGACAGGUUGGCAUUCUCUCAACCAUCUUCAUGUGGUAGUCACCUGGAAUGCAUUUCAAUUAACAGGUGUUAAUUUCUUUCCAUCUUAACUUGUUUGAGAUAGGGGGCAGCAUUUUCACUUUUGGAUGAAUAGCGUGCCCAGAGUGAACUGCCUCCUACUCAGUCCCCAGAUGCUAAUAUAUGCAUAUUAUUAUUAAUUUUGGAUAGAAAACACUCUGAAGUUUCUAAACUGUUUGAAUGAUGUCUGUGAGUAUAACAUAACUCAUAUGGCAGGCAAAAACCUGAGAAAAAUCCAAACAGGAAGUGGGAAGUCUGAGGUUUGUAGUAUUUGAAUUCACCCCUAUCGAAUACACAGUGGUAUAUGGGUUAUUGUGCACUUCCUAAGGCUUCCACUAGAUGUCAACCGCCUUUAGAACGUUGUCUUAGGCUGCUCAUGUGAAGGGGGGCCGGAUGGGAGCUGUUUGACUAAGGGGUCUGCCUACAGCCUCAUUCUCAGUCAAGUGCUUUCACUUGAGAGGCAGCUCUCAUUCCAUUGCUUUUCUACAGACAAUGGAAUUCUCCGGUUGGAACAUUAUUGAACUUUUAUGAUAAAAACAUCCUAACGAUUGAUUCUAUACUUAGUUUGACAAGUUUCUUAGACCUGUAAUACAACUUUUUUAACGUUUUGUCCCAAUUGACCAGAUCGCCCUUUUGGAUUUGUUUACCAAACACCCUAACAAAAGAAGCUAUUGGACGUAAAUGCACAUAAAUGAUGGACAUUAUCGAACAAAACAAGCAUUUAUUGUGGAACUGCGAUUCCUGGGAGUGCAUUCUGAUGAAGAUCAUCAAAGGUAAGUGAAUAUUUAUAACGCUAUUUAUGAAUAAUGUUUACUACCCAACAUGGCAGAUAUUUCUCUGGCUGGUUUGGGCUCUGAGUGCCGUUCUCAGAUUUUUCGUAAAGUUUUUUUGAAAUCUGACACAGCGGUUGCAUUAAGGAUAACUGUGUCUAAAGUUCCAUGUAUAAUAGUUGUAUUUUUAUCAACAUUUAUUAUGAGUAUUUCUGUGAGUUCAUGUGGCUCUCUGCAAUAUCACUGCAUGUUUUGGAACAUAUACAGAAGAUAGCCCUAUUUUGGUAAAAGACGAAGUCCAUAUUAUGGCAACAACAGCUCAAAUAAGCAAAGAGAAACGACAGUCCAUCAAUACUUUUAAGACAUGAAGGUCAGUCAAUACAGAACAUUUCAAGAACUUUGAACAUUUCUUCAAAUGCAGUUGCAAAAACCAUCAAGCACUAUGAUGAAACUGGCUCUCAUGAGGACCGCCAAAGGAAUAGAAGACCCAGAGUUAUCUCUUUUGCAGAGGAUAAGUUCAGUAGAGUUACCCGCCUCAGAAAUUGCAGCCCAAAUAAAUGCUUCACAGAGUUCAGGUACCAGACACAUCUCAACAUCAACUGUUCAGAGGAGACUGCAUGAAUCAGGCCUUCAGUGUUGAAUUGCUGCAAAGAAACCACUACUAAAGGACAGCAAUAAUAAGAAGAGACUUGCUUGGGCCAAGGAACAUGAUGGACAUUAGACAUUAGACCAGUGGAAAUCUGUCCUUUGGUCUGGAGUCCAAAUUUGAGAUUUUUGGUUCCAACCGCCGUGUCUUUGUGAGAUGCAGUGUGGUUGAACGGAUGAUCUCCGCAUGUGUAUUUCCCACCGUAAAGCAUGGAGGAGGAGGUGUGAUGGUGUGGGGGUGCUUUGCUGGUGACACUGUCUGAUUUAUUUAGAAUUCUAGGCACACUUAACCAGCAUGGCUACCACAGCAUUCUGCAGCGCUACGCCAUCCCAUCAGGUUUGGGCUUAGUGGGACUAUAAUUUGUUUUUCAACAUGACAAUGACCCAACACACCUCCAGGCUGUGUAAGGGCUAUUUUACUAAGAAGGCGAGUGAUGGAGUGUUGCAACAGAUGUCCUGGCCUCCACAAUCCCCCAACCUCAACUAAAUUGAGAUGGUUUGGGAUGAGUCAGACCACAGAGUGAAGAAAAAGCAGCCAACAAGUGCUAAGCAUAUGUGGAAACUGGUUGAGAGAAUGCCAAGAGUGUGUAAAGCUGUCAUCAAGGCAAAGGGUGGCUAUUUGAAGUAUCUCAAAUUUAAAAUAUAUUUUGAUUUGUUUAACACUUUUUGGGUUACUACAUGAUGAUAUGUAUAUGUUAUUGUAUCAUUUUGAUGUCUUCACUAUUAUUCUGCAAUGUAGAAAAUAGUAAAAAUAAAGAAAACCAUUGAAUGAGUAGGUUGUUCUAAAACUUUUGACAGGUAGUGUACUGUAGCUUUAGUUAGUGUACUGUAGCUAUUUUACCCUCUCUAUAAGAACAUACCAGUAACAGGCAUGAUUAAGAUUAUGAUUAUGAAGAAUUUGUGUUAGGUUAUGAUUGUAGCUCUGAAUACAUGAUCAAAUCUGAAUAAAUAAACAUUUUAUUUUGGAACAAA